GUCCACUCCUCAUCUUUCCGCCAGGUGAGGUUGAAUGCGCCGCGUUUCCAAGCGCGCUGUUUUCUUCUCCCUGCCAUUUCGUACGCUACGCUUCUCAGUUGCACACGCGCACGAGUACAUUGGCAGAACCACACUAUUUUCCCCGUCAUUUCGGCUGUUCUUUUUUCGAUUUUCAAUGUUACGCGUUCUCAGAGACGAUCUUCUCUUCCUGUGACUUGUGAAAUUCACGAUGCUGGGCAGCCGCAGAAGAUGCGGUGCACCGCUCACACCCCCCUCCGACGCCGCGCCGACGAGGGAGACUCGCACGCUGCGUGUUUCGUCGCCUCCGUCUUACAACGCGGUCCAGGCUGUUGUGUUAUCGGCACCAUCCACGUCCGCCGCAGCCGUUGAUUACCCGCACACCAGCACGGGACCCAUGCUACGGCUACGGGCGGAUAACAACGAGAUCAUCUCCUACACAGCACCCAUCAAAACAAGAUCUGGCAAGUCCAAUGAAGAACGCCUUUGCGGCGAGUCGAUGCACGUGCCGGAUGCGAAGCGAGCACGCUUUGAGGAAAGCUGCACCGACACAGAAUCACCGAAUACGCAGAGAAGCCUGCCCGCCUUGGCAACGUCGGCGGCCUCAUCACUGCCUUUCCUCCCCAUUCAUCAUAAUACGAAAACGGUGGGCACCAUCAAUCGACAGUUGACAGCUUUACGCCCCAACGCUGAAGCAUCUCCAACAGAUAUAUCGCACCGCGACGGAGGGGGUGUCUCUUCGCUGAGCAGCUCGACCGAUCGCCCCUCUUCGCCCACGUCAGCCCUUCUCGCCGCGACGUCCACCAACAUGCGAGAGAACACCGUCCCGCCACCAUCACCGUCGUCCCCGCGUCCGCGCAUCCGACAACAUGAACUGCACGCCGCAGACUUCCAGCAUGAAGAGGUGCUCGGCGAGGGCAGCUACUCCCUCGUCUCUCUCGCCACGCACCGCGCGUCGGGGCUACUGUUUGCGUUGAAGGAGAUCGAUCGAGCACGGCUGCGGUGCUUGCAGCUCGAGCCACAGCUGCGGUGGGAGAUAAACCUGCAGCGCACCCUGCGCCACCCCAACAUUGUGCGUCUCUACAGCUACUUUAUUACCUCGUCGUGCAUCAUUCUUGUGCUGGAAUACUGCCGUGGAGGGACGCUGCUGCAUCGGGUAAAGACGGCGCCGCUCGGUCGCCUGGCGGAGAGGCAGGCGUCUCGCUACACCCGACACGUGGCGAAGGCGCUGGCGCACCUGCACGCUCUUGGAGUGGCCCAUCGUGAUUUAAAGUUAGAGAACGUCUUAGUUGAUGAGGACGGAAUAGCGAAGCUGGCGGACUUCGGCUGGUCCAGACCGGUGGGUUCUUCCGUUGUACAUCAGGGCAGCGCAGGCGUAACCGAGGAGCUGUACAGUGCGGAGAGGGACGAGGCGAAGCAACAGACUACGGAUGAAAGGCAAGCCGCCCAACGUGGCAUCUCGGGGGUACAGCAGAGCGGAGAUGCGAAUACGCGAGAGGAUGGCGAGGUGGAGGGGCGGCGCACCGUGUGCGGCACACUGGAUUACCUCUCUCCUGAAAUGGUUUCCGGCCAGACGCACUCCUACAAAACAGAUGUGUGGUCCCUCGGUGUGAUGCUGGCGGAGAUGCUGACCGGAGUUCCUCCGUUCUACAAGGAUUCGACACAGCAGACGUUGCGUGCGAUUCGGUGCGAGUCGCCAAACUUGUGUGGCGCGUCGCCUUCGCGCGAUAGGAACGAUCAACUGGUGCUGUCAGCUGGUGCGCUGUCGUUGAUUGAGGCAAUGCUGCAGAAAGAUCCGGCGAGGCGGCCGACGAUGCGCGAGGUUCUGGCGCACCCGUGGCUGCAGAAAACGAUGUGGUCGGCACGUUGA